AAUGAGCCACCCAUUCCCAUUUCCCUUGUUUCCCUUCCAUUUUCGUUUUCUCCAUCGAAUCGAAACAACGAUAAAAGCAAAGUUACAGUCUUUUACAAAGAGCUUUUAGAUUGCACAGACAUGUAGAGGGUAUACUCCUGUAUUUAUAACAGACAUUUCGCUUUUUUGUUUAAUUAAUUCAAAUUUUGAUUCUUUUUUGCUUUAGGCUUUUGCCUCUCUCUCUUCAAAUUAAGUGCGCAAUUAGAUUUAAUUAGGGUUUAUCAGUUGAAGACCCGAGUUCCAGACUUCCAGUUCAGGCUUUUUCUAGUUCUUACCUCUCAUUUUCUCUCGUUUUCUUUCUCGCACUUUCUCGGAUCCCUUUGCUCAUGUAGUCAAUGUAAGUCAAUUUCUCUUGUGUAUAUCUUCAAUUUCUUCGGAACCCGCUGUUUGUUAUUCAAUUUAAAUUCUUUGUCAAAAGUUAUGAGAAUUUUGUGCUCAGAAGAAUCAUCUAGGGCAUGUUCAUCUGAUAGGGUUUUCAUUUCUGUUGAUAAAUUGUCACCUCGUAUGACUUGUAUUAUUUGAUUUUGAGAAUGCCAAUGAUUUGAAUUAGUUUCCGAGCUAGAAAGAGUUUGGGGUCAAGGUUUUUGUAGAUAUGAUCAAACAGAUAUUGGGUAAAAUACCUCGGAAACCCUCAAAAUCAUCGCAAAACGAUGCGUAUAAUGACGGAGGGGCCAAUGGGAAUGGGCCCAAUUCAUUUCACAGCUCAAAAUCUACUUCGUCUUCAUCAAAAUCUUCAAACUUGGGUUCAGGCGCUUCACGCUCGAGCAAUGGAACUCUUGCCCCACACUCAUCGAGCUCGACUAAAUCCAACCACUCGAAGAAAUCAGCUCCCAUUGCUGCCCAAUUGGGUCCUUUGUUGUCUUCUGGAGCCUACGAGGCUUUGCCGAGUUUCAGGGAUGUUCCCAGUUCAGAAAGGCAGAAUCAUUUUAUUAAGAAAUUGAAUAUGUGCUGUGUUGUGUUUGAUUUUAAUGAUCCCUCGAAGAAUCUCAAGGAGAAGGACAUCAAGCGGCAAACUUUACUUGAACUUGUUGAUUACAUUUCAUCCGUAACUUCAAAGUUCAAUGAGGUGGCAAUGCAGGAGAUUACAAAGAUGGUGGCAGCCAAUUUGUUUCGUACAUUUUCAUCUUCUAAUCCUGAUAACAAGCUUCCUGAAAUGUAUGACCAAGACGAAGAGGACCAAAUGAUGGAACCAGCUUGGCCUCAUCUUCAGAUUGUGUAUGAAUUUCUAUUGAGAUUUGUGGCUUCGCCAGAGACGGAUGCCAAGCUUGCUAAAAGAUACAUUGACCAUUCGUUUGUGUUGAGACUACUUGAUUUGUUUGACUCUGAGGACCAAAGAGAGAGAGAAUACUUAAAGACAAUCCUCCACCGCAUUUAUGGGAAGUUCAUGGUGCAUCGACCAUUCAUUAGGAAGGCCAUCAACCAUAUCUUCUUUUGGUUCAUUUUUGAGACUGAAAAGCACAAUGGGAUUGCAGAAUUGCUUGAAAUUUUAGGCAGCAUAAUCAAUGGUUUCGCGUUGCCUUUGAAGGAAGAGCACAAGCUGUUCCUUGUCCGUGCCUUGAUUCCCCUUCAUAAGCCCAAGUGUGUAUCUAUGUACCAUCAGCAACUUUCAUAUUGCAUCAGUCAGUUUGUGGAGAAAGAUGCCAAGCUGGCUGAUACCGUGAUUCGAGGACUGCUGAAGUAUUGGCCCAUAACUAAUAGUUCGAAGGAAGUUAUGUUCCUUGGUGAACUAGAAGAAGUUCUGGAAGCUACCCAGGCAUCAGAAUUUCAGCGCUGUAUGGUCCCUCUAUUCCGUCAAAUUGGUCACUGCCUCAACAGCUCACAUUUUCAGGUAGCUGAGCGUGCCUUGUUUUUGUGGAACAACGAUCACAUAAGAACUUUGAUUACACAGAAUCGCCAAGUGAUUCUGCCGAUAAUCUUUCCAGCUUUGGAAAAAAACACACAGAGUCAUUGGAACCAAGCUGUGCAGAGUUUGACAUUGAAUGUGAAAAAGAUAUUCUCAGAUAUCGACCAAGAACUCUUUGAUGAGUGCUUGCUCAGUUUCCAAGAAGAUGAAUCUAAAGAGAAAGAAACACAGGACAAACGUGAAUCAACCUGGAAGCGUUUAGAAGAUGUGGCUGCCUCCAAGGCUUUGGGCAAUGAGGCCGUGCUUGUUUCAAGAUUUGCCUCCUCCGUUGCCAUUGCUACUAACCCAAAACCACGGGCUACUUCAGGUAGUUGAGUUGAGACCCCGUGCAAUUUGCAGAUACAGUUUACCCAAAUCAGCCGUAAUUGGACAAAAGUGGGUAGGACCCAGCCUCAUUUCUCUCCGGCUUGUUGUAACUCUGUAUGCUGAUAAACGCGGAGGUGGGGGGUUGUUGUGGAUUUUGCAAUUUCUCCCGGGUCACGCUUCCUUUUGUACUGAGAUGUGUGUAAUAUAAAGGAUUCGUUAUUAUAGGAUGAAUGAUUAUUAUUACUCCUGAUAAUAUUUGUUGUAUAAUGGUGCGAAAGUUUAACUACAUUUUUCUGGAUCUGUUUCAACCCAAGCAAUGUAUUAUCUCUCUGGGGUAUAUGUUGUAAUCCUUAGGCUUGAUCAACUGUCCAGGCUAAUGGACUGUGUUCCUGGAGCCGCAGCCUUGAUACUUAUUUUGGA